AUGGCUCUUACGAUUGAUGAUGUUUUAAUAAAGAUUGGUAUAUUUCGUCAGUAUCAAUGGUACCUACUGAGCAUUAUUGGCUAUGCAAUAUUAGCAGUUGGUGCACUCCCUGUCAUGAUAGUGACGUUUAUUACAGCAGAACCAGAGUGGAAAUGUGUUGAUGGAUAUAUGAAUAAUACCGUAUGUAGAUUUAACAAAUCAAUAACAUUAACCAGUGAUGAUUACAAAGCGAGAUGCAAAAUGGCGAGAGAGGCUUGGACGUUUGUAGAUGACUUUACAUCAACUGUUACGGAGGUAAGGAAUGUGUAA